AUGGUUUGGCAGCUGCUGCCGCUACAUGCGCCAGACGAGGAGAUAGUGCCGCUGCCCUCUGAUGGAGAUGCCACGCUCGGGCGACGACCGAAUAAUUUCCUGGUUUGCCCACACCUUGCAGUGAGCGGGACACAUUGCAUUCUGCACUGCAAUGCUGGCUGCCCUCCUGAGUUCGAGGACUGCAGCACCAACGGGAGCUUUGUGAACGACAAAAAGCUGCAGAAAGGGCAAAGGUGUCAGUUGGCAGACGGAGACAUCAUUUCGCUCACGAAGCCCUUGGAUGCAGUUGACCCCAAAGACGGGGCGGAGGCUGGCCCUCGCAUCCAGUACAAGAUUGUCCUCCAUGAAGAGCCCAAGGAGGACGACCCAGGUGACAUUCCUCCCACAGCGCCUGAGCCGAAGCGAACGGCGGAGGUAGCAGUGCCGCAGGGGGAAAACUGCUUCGCGCAGGAUCUUUUGGUUCAGGAGCAGCAGAGCAAAGCAAAGCUCACAGCAGACUUACUGGUUUCCCAGCGAAAGCUUGAUGAGGAGCGCCAGAGUGUAGAGAACCUUAGCCGAGAGCUGCGCAAAGUCCGCCAGCAGGCUGAGGAGGAGCGAGUUCGAAGACAGGAGGCCGAGGAAGCCAAGGCGAAGCUCGGCGGUGAGGUAGAAGGGCUCCGUGCUGAGGCUCGUCAGCUGCACGAGCUUACCAUCGCACACGAGGAGCUUCGAUCGCGCCACGCGGCCUCCGAGAAGGAGUUGGCUGAGCGAAGCCAGCGAUGCGAUGAGCUGGAGGCCCGGCAGCAGCAGCUGCGUGAAGACCUGGCUUUGGCUGGAGAGGCACGGCAGAAGUCAUCGCAGCACCUGGCUGAGUUACAGAUCCGAGCUCGCCAGGCGCAGGAGCGGGCCGAGCGACUGAGGCAGCAACAAAGCGAGGCCCAGCGUGAAGCCGAGCGCACCGCCGAGGAGAGCCAGCGAUUACAGGACGAGCUGCAGGAGCUUGCAGCCGGCCGUGAGAAGCUGGAAGCGGAAGUGGCGGCAAGCAAGUCCAAUGUCACGAAGGCAGAGGCCGAUGAGCGAAGUGCACGGAGCAAGCUGGAUGUGGCCACGGCCAAACGAGCUGAGCUCGAAUGCCAAGCUGCGGCUGCACAGUCGGAUGCCGACUCUGCCAGGAUCUCAUUGAAAGCUGCGGAGCAGCGCGCAGCGAAAGCGGCUGCCUUGCUGCAACACCUUGGUGAAUCCGGCAAGGGCCUCUUCAGCGAGCUCAGUCGCAGGCUGGAGCUCUGGGACAAAGUCCUGCGGGAAGGUCUCCCGCGAGCUGCCAAGCUAUUGGAGGAGGCAUUGGCAGGGGACGUGGCGCCCACUUUUGCCCAGGCCACCUGUCGUGAGGCACAAUAG